GAGGAAGGCUGAACUUGGGGCCGAGGCCACAACCAUCGCGUCGCGUAGCCUGCCGGGAGGCGCAGUCCGGGAGCGGGACUCCGCGUUUCAGCGAGGCUCGAGGCGCGCAUGCGUGUCACGAUCCCGUCGGCCGCGCGGUCUGCUGGGAAUUGUAGUCCAGCGCCAGCUGCGCGGCCGGGCGGGACUCCGUGUCCCAGAGAGCCGCGCGCCAGCCACGACGCCGCGCCCGCCUUCGCCGCCGCCGCUCCGCGGGCUGGAAGGCCCGGCCUUACCCGGGCGAACGGAGGCUGCGGGUGGGAGCCUUCGCGGGCGCUGCGGAGCGGGCCGGGGGAGGCCGGGAUGGAGCCCCCCCGGAGUGGACUGACGUGAGCGAGGGGCAGCGAGCCGGUUCCGAGCCUCCCGCCAGACCGCGGGGCCUCCUGGGGCUGCGGACGGAUGGUGCGAUCGCCGCGCGGCCAUGGCUCACCUGCGGGGAUUCGCCGGCCAGCAUUCUCGAGUGGACCCUGAGGAGCUCUUCACCAAGCUCGACCGCAUCGGCAAGGGCUCAUUUGGUGAGGUAUACAAGGGCAUCGACAACCACACCAAGGAGGUGGUGGCCAUCAAGAUCAUUGAUCUGGAGGAGGCUGAGGAUGAGAUCGAGGACAUUCAGCAAGAGAUCACCGUGCUCAGCCAGUGUGACAGUCCCUAUAUCACCCGCUACUUCGGCUCCUACCUGAAGAGCACCAAGCUGUGGAUUAUCAUGGAGUACCUGGGUGGCGGCUCUGCCCUGGACCUGCUGAAGCCGGGCCCCCUGGAGGAGACCUACAUUGCCACCAUCCUGCGGGAGAUUCUGAAAGGCCUAGACUAUCUGCAUUCGGAACGCAAGAUCCACCGAGACAUCAAAGCUGCCAAUGUGCUGCUCUCAGAGCAGGGUGACGUCAAGCUGGCAGACUUUGGGGUGGCGGGGCAGCUGACAGACACACAGAUCAAAAGGAACACCUUCGUGGGCACCCCUUUCUGGAUGGCGCCCGAGGUCAUCAAGCAGUCAGCAUAUGACUUCAAGGCUGACAUCUGGUCCCUGGGCAUCACGGCCAUUGAGCUAGCCAAGGGUGAACCUCCAAACUCUGACCUCCACCCCAUGCGUGUGCUGUUCCUGAUCCCUAAGAAUAGCCCGCCCACGCUGGAGGGCCACCACAGCAAGCCCUUCAAGGAGUUUGUGGAGGCCUGCCUCAACAAGGACCCCCGCUUCCGGCCCACGGCCAAAGAGCUUCUGAAGCACAAGUUCAUCACACGCUACACCAAGAAGACCUCCUUCCUCACUGAACUCAUCGACCGCUAUAAGCGCUGGAAGUCCGAGGGGCAUGGCGAGGAGUCUAGCUCUGAGGACUCUGACAUAGAUGGUGAAGCUGAGGACGGGGAGCAGGGCCCCAUCUGGACAUUUCCCCCCACCAUCCGGCCAAGUCCACACAGCAAGCUGCACAAGGGGACAGCCCUGCAUGGCUCACAGAAGCCAGUGGAGCCCAUCAAGAGGCAGCCGAGGUCCCAGUGCCUGUCCACACUGGUCCGGCCCGUCUUUGGAGAGCUCAGAGAGAAGUACAGGCAGAGUGGUGGGGGUGCAGGGGCACUGGAGGAGCUGGAGAAUGCCUUCAGUUUGGCUGAGGAGGCUUGCCCAGGCAUCUCGGAUGCACUGAUGGCUCACCUGGUGGAGCGCGUGCAGAGGUUUUCACAUGGCAGGAACCACCUGACAUCGGCCCGCUGAAGCGCUGCUAUCCACAGAGAGGGGAUGGGGCCUCUGUUUGCAUUCCGAGCUCUGUGAGAACUGCGGUGGCUUAGAAGGCCCUUCUACUGUUGUCACACCUGCAGGGACUUGUCAGAGCCUGUAGGCCACCUGUGCCAGGUCACAGCGCCUCCCUGCAGCGUGCUGUGUGCUCCCCCACACGCCAGUGGCCGCUGUUCCACAUGCCACCUUCCCCUCCCCCUCCCAGCCCAGCAGCAGAGCCCAGAGGACUAUGUGACCCCUCAGCAGCUGUGUGGCCCCGUCUUCUCCAGCAUUUCAUAGGAACUGGCCCAAGGGGCAGAACAACUGUCAGGCAGCUCUGCAUCCUCCCCCCAGGCAGAGGCGGGGGCAAAAGGCAUGCCCCAGAGGAGCACCCCAGCCUGGCCCUCCUGACCCCACCCCAGGACACCAUCCUCCCGGGGCUCCGUACUGGCCCAGGGUGGUCACAGAUUCUGCCUUGUGGUGUCAGAUUGAGUACUGUGCUCAUGAGUGUUUGUGUUACCCAGAAUGUUCUGUUUUUUAAGAAAAGCAAACUUGUUUCCUUGAAUACUCUGAGUCUAAGGUGUUAGUUUUCAUAGAAUGUUGAUAGGCCCCUGCUGCUUUCAAUAAAGAUCUGGAUUGGA